GUUCAUUAGCUUUCUUUGGCUUUAGAAUAUCUUGUUGUUUUUUCGCGUUAACUGUACGAUCUCAUCAUUUUUUAAUUGUUUAUUUAUUUGUUUAAAUUUGUAGAUUGUUGUAAUUUGUUAUCUAGUUAAUAACAUCAUGUUUUCACCGAUUUCCUCGCUGCGUGAUGGAUCCUUUCUUACUGGCAAGCAAUUAGUUAACAAAAUACGAGAGUUUAAGGAGGAACAUAAACUCAAGAAGAAUCUCAACGUUUCCAAAGACAAAAUAAUAGUGCAACUUCUGGGUGAAAUAAAGGAGUUAAAGUUGCAAGUUGAGUCUAGUGAUUACAAGCUUAGUCUCAAUGAAGAUUUGAUUGCUUCACAAACUUCAGUAAUCGAAGAUUUAAACACCAGAAUUGAAAGACAAUCCUCCAGGAUAAAGGAGAUUGAGCAAUCUUCCUAUGAAAACCAAAAUUCUAUCAUUUCUAAACAGUCAACAAUUUCAAGUUUAGCUUCUAAGUUGGAUGAGGCAAAAAAGAUCAUUGAUGAUCAAAACUAUGCUCUUGAACAAUACAAGGAAAAAAUGUACAACAUGAAAACAGAGUUCGAAAAUAUAAAGAAAGCUUUAAAAGAAAGAUAUUUAGAGAGAUUGGAACAAGCCGCCAAAGAGAUGGAAGAAGAGCGAGAAAAAAUGAAUAAAAAGUUAAAGCAGACCAGAGAGUUUUACGAAGCUGAAGGAAAUGACUAUAAAAAACAAAUCAACCAACUAAUUGAGGAAUUGGAUCUUCUUAGAAGGGCUGAUUUCAAUAUAUCAAAGCCAACGCCAGCGAAAGGUCGAAGACGAGGUGGCUUAGCAGCCUCUAGAGAUUUCAGUGAACUUAAGGUUCGAAGAGGUCGAUCUCAAGCUGCUAAAGCUAAAAAACAAGACAAUUCAAAACCAGGAUGUUCUAAAGAAACUGUUGAAACAUCAGAACAAGAAACAAUUGCUGGUAGCAAAGAGUCGCCAGAUAAAGAGGAAAUAAGAUCAUUAUCCCCAAUGGCGUGGUUGUCUCCGAAUCACUGCAGAAUAGAAGACGACGACGACAAUUUAUAGAUUGAAAGAUUCCCCAAAAGGUUCAGUAAUUCAAAUCAUUGUUCUUAAAUUAGAAAAUUUAUUAGAAAGCAAAAAAUUGUUCAUAUUCAAUAAAAUUUGUUUGAAAAAUGAAA